UUCGAGGACCGGAGGACACUCGGCGCUCCCGGGAGGCGGGGGACCCAGUCCUUCCCGGGCGUCGGCCCUUUCGGCCCCGCUGGUUCCCGCACGGCCCGCAGCGGCCUCUCUGCCGAGCGUGCCCUCGCCCCGCCGCGGCAGCCGCCCUGGAGCCUGCGCGGCCGUGUGGGCGUCUAUCUCGGCUGAGCACCGGCGCCCGCUCCCCCACCGCCACUCCUGCCGCGGCGCAGAUAAGAACGAGGCUUGAGGCUCGCGCGCGGCCGCGGGACCUCCCACUCGCGUCGCUCCUGGGGAUUGGGGCGGACGCGGCGCCCCCCGAGCCCUCUGCACGGCCGAGCCGGGGCCGUUUUGGUUUGGAAGAUGACACACAGCACGGUUGCCUUUUUCUCUGGCAGCCGACCAGCGAGUGAAAAAGUAUGACACAAGUUUGAUGUUUGUGUCUGCUUCCCCAAGGCCAAGAAAUUAUCUCCUUAGAAGGCAACAGUACUAUGCAUGUUAUGAAUUGUGUCUCCUUGGUCAGCGAUAAAGAAAAUGGGACUACCACUGAGGCAGCCGGAUUCAUGAUCGGGCAGACAGCACCACCACCCCCUCCUCCACUUCCUCCUCCCCCGCCUCCACCAUGUCCGUAUUCAGGGGAGGGGUUUCCUCCCUCUCCUCCUCCUCCCCCGCCACUUCCGCUCCCUGGGGGGCCUCUGCUCCCACCUCCCCCUCCAGGACUACCCCCAGCUUCUCCCAUGAAUGGCUACAGCCACCUUGGUAAGAAAAAGCGGAUGAGAAGCUUUUUUUGGAAGACCAUUCCAGAGGAGCAAGUCCGCGGCAAAACCAAUAUCUGGACUUUGGCCGCCAGGCAGCAGCAUCACUACCAAAUUGAUACAAAGACCAUCGAGGAACUCUUUGGGCAGCAAGAAGAUACUACUACCAAGUCUUCCCUUUCUAGGAGAGGAGGGACUUUAAAUUCAUCCUUCAGGGAUGUUAGGGAAGAGAUUACUGUCUUGGAUGCAAAACGGAGCAUGAACAUUGGGAUAUUUCUUAAGCAAUUUAAGAAGUCUCCUCAGUCCAUUGUAGAAGAUAUUCAUCAAGGAAAGAGUGAGCAUUAUGGAUCAGAGACCUUGCGAGAAUUUCUUAAGCUUUUGCCGGAGUCAGAGGAGAUAAAGAAAUUGAAAACAUUUAGUGGAGAUGUGUCCAAGCUGUCCCUGGCGGACUCCUUUCUACACCACUUGAUUCAGGUGCCAAACUAUUCGCUCCGGAUUGAAGCCAUGGUGCUAAAGAAGGAAUUUUUACCUUCUUGUUCUUCUCUGUACACAGACAUAACAAUUCUGAGAACUGCUACAAAAGAGCUGAUGUUGUGUGAGGAGCUACAUUCAAUAUUACACUUGGUGCUACAGGCGGGGAAUAUCAUGAAUGCAGGAGGGUAUGCUGGCAAUGCAGUAGGAUUUAAACUGUCGUCUUUGCUCAAAUUGGCAGACACAAAAGCAAACAAACCUGGGAUGAAUCUUCUGCACUUUGUUGCACAGGAAGCCCAAAAGAAAGAUGCCAUUCUUCUAAACUUUUCUGAAAAAUUGCAUCACGUUCAGGAGGCUGCUAGAUUAUCUCUGGAUAACACGGAGGCAGAACUGCACUCGCUCUUUAACAGGACGAGAUCUCUGAGGGAAAACAUUCAGCUGGAUGGUGAACUUUGUCAGCAGAUGGAAGAUUUCCUUCAGUUUGCUGUGGAAAAGCUGACAGAACUGGAGCGCUGGAAACGAGAGCUCCAGGGCGAGGCCCACACCCUUAUAGAUUUUUUCUGCGAAGACAAAGAAACCAUGAAACUGGACGAGUGCCUUCAGAUAUUUAGAGACUUCUGUAUCAAAUUCAACAAAGCCGUUCAGGACAACCAUGACCGGGCGGUGCAGGAGCUGAGGCGGCUGCAGCGGCUAAAGGAGCUGGAGCAGAAGCGUCGCUCCUGGGCGGCUGGGGAGCUUGGGGGAUUCUGCCGGAGCAGCAGUGAGAACGACGUGGAGCAGCUGACCAAGAAGGGCGUGGAGGACCUGCCGCCCUUCCUGCAGCCCCGGCCAGUCAGCCCUUCCUACCGACCUCCUAACACUCGGCGCUCCCGCCUUUCCCUGGGCGCUUUUGCCGAUCGGGAGCUGCUGACCUUCCUGGAGAGUUCCACCGGCAGCCCCGAGGAGCCCAGCAAAUUCAAUAGCUUGCCCCGGAGCAGCCCCCGGCAGGCCUGGCCCACACUGGCCUGGAUGGAACCUGGGGACCCGAGAGCCCAGGACCCCAGCCAAGCACCUAGACCUCAGGCCUCAGAGGGCCAGGUGGGGGCCUCCGAGCCACCCUCAUCUUGGCAGAGCCAGCAGCCCCCAGCCCCCAGGUCUGAGGACCCUGCGCCCCCCUUCCCCCGAGUUCGGCGCAGUGGGGUGGGCAUCCUCCGAAAGAGGAAUAGCGAGCCUGUGGGCCUGGGCCCGACCCGGUCCCCUCCACUGUCGCCAUUGGCUCUGGGGAUUAAGGAGCACGAGCUGGUGACAGGGCUGGCUCAGUUCGACCUCCAGGGAUCCAAGGGCCCAGAGGAGGUGCCCCGGUUGACCCUGAAUAAUGACCUCAGCCCCAUGGAGCCGGUGUCUCUGGGGGAUGGGAGCAUGCAGUCCCUCGGUGCCAGCCACGGCGGCCUGAUGCCUGUGGGCACAGGGGCCCGGGGUGGUCUCAGCCCAGCCCUGGAGGGGGACGGGGCCGCCCCUGAGGAACCCAGUGGAAAGGCUCUAGUAUCUGUGGGCAGCAGCGACCCCGAGAGCAAAGACCCCGGGCCUCUGUUCUACAUCUCCGACGCCACCGACUGCUCGCUGACCCUGGACUGCUCGGAGCCAGGGGAGGGGGGCGGGGGGGACGGCUCCCUGUCCUCUGGGGCUGGGGAGACAAGCAGCCAGGUCUCCUCUCACCCCACUUCCAGCCCCCUUGGGGAGGCUUCUGCUCCGGUCUCUGGGAAGAGCCAGCCCUCCUGCAAGGACAGCCUUCCGCGGGACAGAUCCGCCAAAGGGAAGGAUGCGACAGCACCGAAGAGAAGCGCCCUCAAGGAGGCGUCGCAGGGGGCCUCCAAGCCCGCCAGUGUCCGGCGGAGCCAGGGGGCCCAGGGUGCAGCGCCCAAGCCCGUGCGGACCUUGACCGCCUCCGAGAGUGAGAGCAUGCGCAAAGUCGUGCCCAUCUCCAGAAGCCGGGGCGCGGUGGGCUGGAAGCGGCCCACUCGGGAGACCCCCAGCAGCACAGACCCGCCAUGGUCGCGCCGGAGCUCCGUGCGGGGGACCUCGGACGUGUCGCCCAAGCGGUCCUCAACGGGGGCUGUGGCGGGGGCCACGGUGGCGGAGGAGCAGAGGCUGGGUAGGGUAAGCGGCGGCUCCGGCAGCGCCAGGUCAGGGAAGGAGCCAUCCCUGCAGCCGAGGGGUUCUCUCAAGAAGCCCAGCGCCAAGCCCCUCAGGAACGUCCCCAGACAGAAGCCCGAUGAAAACAAGAUCUGCCGCUCCAACUCCCAGGAUCCUGAGAGCCCCGAAGAGGAGCCCAAGGCCCCGCAGGCCCCCAGCGUCCCCCGUGUCCCGCCUCCCGUGCCGAGCUUUGCCCGAAACACGGUUGCCUCCUCCUCUCGGUUCACGAGAACGGAUUCCUCUCCUGCGGCCAAAGCCCCCGGCAUCACUCGGACUGUUUCCCAGCGUCAGCUGAGGCCGAAGGGUGGCCCUGAGGAUGCUGCCCCCAAGGACAGCAGCACCCUGCGGCGGGCCAGUAGCGCCCGGACCCCCAAAAAGUGUCCAGAGUCUGCUGGGGCUCCCAGUGUCAACACAGAGGCCCCUGUGAAGGGCCGAGGGGCUGGGGAAAGGGCCUCCCUCAGACUGAAAAACUCCGAUCGGACCACGCUAGGGAAAAUGCUCGAUCCCUUACGGAAGUGAAGUCAGAUUGUGAGGACUGACUCGAAGUGAAGUCAGACUGUGAGGACUGACUCCUGUGAAGUAGGGCCAGCACCGAAUGUCUUUGUUCCGCGUAGAGUGGUCUGCGGUUGCCGCCCGCUAACGCUCAAGUCACUGAAGGUGUCGUCAGGGAGGCCUGUGGACUGUCCCCUGCUGAGCUGACAACUACUGUAAAGUCCCAAGUCUGGGCGGGCGCCUCCCUCGCACACCCUGGAGGAACCCCCUCCCAAAGCAGAGACCCCACAAAAAUGCAGAUAUGAAAGCUGACAGUCUUACCUAUGGAGUUAAAAAAAAAAAGAAUUUUGGCCAGUUUUUAUAUGUCAAACUUAUUUUUUAAUAUUACACAAAUUAAGUAGUUUAGUUCCUUUUGCAGAAUGAAAUGCCUCCCAGGAAAAGGAGACAAAACCCUUAACCUGGAGACUUUAUUUUCCUGUGUUCCCUGGCCUCAGGGUUCCAUCUGCCCGCACACCAGCCAUUGCUGGCAACUGGGCUUCCACACAAGCGCUGGGUGUUCUGUGAUUGGCACCGUCUCCUUGAAGGCUCUGCCUUGCUCAUCUCUCUGUACGUGACUUUGGGUGAGGGUUAGCGCGUGGGCAGGAAGGAAGGUGAGACUGGUGGAUGGAAAUCAGAUGCUCUCGUGUGUUCAGGCACAGACGAACAGGAGGCCCAGGCAGAAUGCUGCAUCUCCCCGAACUUAGAAGUGCCAUCUCUUAAUGGAAAGGCAUCAGGGGUUCUUCAGCUGAGCACAUCUUCCCCUUCCGUGUUUGCCCAUUUGCGUGUCUGUUGUGAAACAGAAUGACGGCUGCUAUGACUUGGGUUCGCUCUAGUUAUGGGAAGAAUAAACCCUUCUGUCUUCCAGUCUUCUCCCUCCCUUCUCUCUCUGCCUGCAGCCAGCCUUUCUUUGGCUAACCCUACUUGGAGCCUGGAGAAUCUGUAUAUCUAUGUCACUGAUGAUACAUCUUUUCUUUGGUACAGUGGUUUUUAAAAUCCCCAGAAAAACCAAGUUUUUAAAAACAGACCAAAAAAACAAAAACAAAAACCCAACCCUGCUUUCAGAAGAAUUUAUAUCAUCAGGAAAAUUUGGAAAAAAACAGGCUUUAUUCAAAAGAAAGAAUACAUGUACUGUUUCUACUCACUGCCCAUUUCACGACUUCUUUUGAGACUAGGAGAUGAGGGGAUUCUUGAAACUUUCUUGUUGCUGCCUGCCUUUUUUCACUUUUCGGUCACUUACUGAAACCUGAGUGAAACCUUAUUUUAGAUCCAACGGUGGUAGAUUGAUUUCAGCGAAUCCACGUGGUUGAUGUUACAGUCUUCCUCCUGUAGACUGUUGCCUUCCAUCCAAAUUAAUUGGAAACUCUGAGCUUCCAUAAGUCAGCUAAAUUGAAAUGGUAAGCUUUAUGGUUAAUGAAGUAAGGCACUUGACCACAAAACCUCAUAAAAAUGGCCUUGGGUAGAUAUUUCCUGGGCCCCACAAAGAUGGUUGUGGGAAUCCUGCACUGUUUUUCACCAUCUCAAAAAGCCUAAGAAAUCAUGUAUUUAACCAUGCAGACAACAACGUUGAAAACAUAGGGCCUGUGGGUGGCUGGAAAUGGAUGAAAGUGGUCAAAAGUUGGUGGAUAGUGGGGCGCCUGGCUGGGCUCAGUCGGUUAAGCAUCUGACUCGAGAUUUUGGCUCAGGUCGUGAUCUCAGGGUUGUUGGACGGAGCUCCGCAUUGGGCUCCACACUUAGCACGGAUUCUGCUUGGGAUUCUCUCUUCCUCUCCCUCUGCCCCUCCCCCCACUCGUGUGCACUCCCUCCCUCCCUAAAAUAAAUCGAUCUUAAAAAAAAAAAAGUUUGUGGAUAGUGAUGGGGUCAGGACCUCCAGGUGGGACCCUGGCAACCAGGGUUCCAGUCCCUGCUCUCGCUGAUGCUAUGUGACUUUGGCCAAUCACUCCCUCUCCCUCGGCCUCUGUUUCCCAAUCUUCGGAAGUGGGGGCAUGGCCUCAGUGAUAGUUUCUAAGAGUCCCUCCAGCUCCAAGAGUCUUAAGUUGCUAUAAACAACCAAGGACCCAUCUACCCCAGAACCAGCUUUUCCGAACUGACCCCCAGCACCUCCUAGCAGAGGCCUCAUGUCGAAGGCCUGCUCAAAAGAAAGCACCUUCAGAACUUGCUGUUGCUUUGAAAUCUAAUAAGCUGAGUUUCUUGAGAAGUGGUGUUUUACUUAGCCCUGUGGACCCUAUGUGUAUGCAUCUGUAUGAGCAGGUGAUCAUUCUAUUACCUUUUAUCGGUAGUAAGCUUUGAAAAAUAAUUUAAGUAUAUAAUGGAGAACUGUAAAUAAGUUUCUAUAUAAAUUUAAGAUGAACUGAAUGUAUUUAAAGGUCCAUUUAUAUGUUCUUUUAUGUAACAUGUAGUUUAAUAAAGUUCCUGUUU